GAGCCUCCAUACAUCGGUCCAGAGGAGAUCCAGAUGUGCAUCUCCUCUCCUCCUCAGAUAAUUCCUCCUUUAUGAAGUUUCCAGGGCUGUAUCCUGGAUGUUCACCCCGGGGCUGAUGUUCUCGAUAGCCAGGGCUCUGUUUCUGCCUGAUUACCUAAUUAAUUCAUAGAUCCACCUUAAAAACAGGGUAAUCCCGGGCUGGUCCCUCCCUCUCUCGCGGUCUCCAGCACCAGUUCACUUCCCUCUCUUCAGUUUCCCCAGCUAGCCAGGAAAAGACGCUGACCCGGACUUUGGGUCUUUUCUCUGGUCCCCGUUUGAAUGUGUCGGACCCCUCCAGUCCCACCCACCGCUCUGCAACACAAACACACCACCAGUCCGCACUUAUUGGAUGUGCUCUUUGUUACCAGAGCCUUUACCCUCCUCUGCUUUUAUUCCAGGAGAAAGAAAGGGGAGUUUAUUUCUUCCUUUUGCCGGAUUGAUCUCUGACUGAAUCUGGAUUGUUUUCCUUCCUCUGGGGUGGCUGCCGCUGCAGGACCACAGCUGAUGCUCCCACUGAUGUAAUUACUGUCAAAGAAACUGGUUUAAACGUCGGAACAAAGGGACGCUGAAGAUCUUUUCCCCCCACCCGGUCUGUCAAUCAUUUUUCACCACUGCAGUUGUCAAGUUGGAUCCCUGCUGGGAAAUGGACAAACCCCUCUAAACUGAAGACGCUGCUCUGCCUCACCAACACAACCACAGGACGUGAUUUGGACGAGGAUCCCCGAGUGGAGGAGCAACAAGAACAUGUUUACUCCCCUGUUUCCAUGGUAAGAGGGAAGAGCAUGCAGGUCCGGGUCAGGAGUUAACCUCAGCAUUCAUCUCCUCCGCCUGCCUCCUGUGAGAACUACGCUACCCACGAUUCCUGUGAACUGACGACCCAGCACGACGUGUUGGUCAGUUUGAGAAAAGACACUCAGAGGAACAAAAACUACAACAACACAACGACAACACUGCUGUGAAGAGGACCAACAUGGCCAACAACACGGCGGACCACCCUCCGGGGAAUUCGGUUGCAGAGGGCAACCAUGACGGGGACUUUGGGAUAACCAUGACGGAUCUGAGGAGCGUGAUGGAGCUGCGGAGCUCGGAGGCCGUCAACAAGAUACAAGACACCUACGGAGAUGUCCAAGGCAUCUGCCGCCGCCUGAAAACAUCUCCUAUAGAAGGUCUGUCCGGUAACCCUGUCGAUUUGGAGAAACGGCACACGGCAUUCGGCAAGAACUUCAUCCCCCCCAAGAAGCCCAAGACGUUCCUGCAGCUGGUGUGGGAGGCUCUGCAGGAUGUUACACUCAUUAUCCUGGAAAUCGCUGCCAUCAUCUCGCUGGGCCUUUCCUUCUACCAUCCACCAGGGGGCGACAGUGAAGCAUGUGGUGAGACUGCAAGCGGUGUGGAGGACGAGGGCGAGGCUCAGGCUGGCUGGAUCGAGGGCGCCGCCAUCCUUUUCUCGGUCAUCAUCGUUGUCCUGGUGACGGCCUUCAAUGACUGGUCCAAGGAGAAGCAGUUCCGCGGGCUGCAGAGUCGCAUCGAGCAGGAGCAAAAGUUCACCGUCAUCCGCAAAGGCCAGGUCAUCCAGAUCCCUGUGGCCGAGAUCGUGGUGGGAGACAUCGCUCAGAUCAAAUACGGAGACCUGCUGCCUGCUGACGGGAUCUUGAUCCAAGGCAAUGACCUGAAGAUUGAUGAGAGCUCUCUGACCGGAGAGUCUGAUCAGGUCCGAAAGUCUUUGGAGAAGGACCCCAUGCUGUUGUCCGGGACCCACGUAAUGGAGGGAUCAGGCAGGAUGGUGGUGUCAGCCGUCGGCCUAAACUCUCAGACUGGCAUCAUCUUUACUCUGCUGGGCGCUGGCGAGAACGACGAAGAGAAGAAGGUCAAGAAAACCAAAACCCAGGACGGCAUCGCCCUGGAGAUCCAGCCGCUGAAGAGCGAGGAGGCCGCCGAGUCGGAGGAGAAGGAGGAGAAAGAGGAGGCCAAACCGGUGAAGAAGGUCAACGUGACCAAGAAGGAGAAGUCAGUGCUGCAGGGCAAACUGACCAGACUGGCUGUACAGAUCGGGAAAGCUGGUCUGAUCAUGUCGGCUGUGACUGUCAUCAUCCUCAUCCUCUACUUUGUGAUCGACACCUUUGGGAUCCAGGGCCGGGCCUGGGUGGCCGAGUGCACCCCCAUCUACAUCCAGUACUUUGUCAAGUUCUUCAUUAUCGGUGUGACCGUGCUGGUGGUGGCUGUUCCUGAGGGGCUGCCGCUCGCCGUCACCAUCUCCCUGGCUUAUUCUGUUAAGAAAAUGAUGAAGGACAACAACCUGGUGCGUCACCUGGACGCCUGUGAGACCAUGGGCAACGCCACGGCAAUCUGCUCAGACAAGACAGGAACGUUGACAAUGAACCGCAUGACAGUGGUGCAGGCGUACAUCGGCGACACGCACUACAAAACAGUCCCUGAACCUGAUGUCAUCAAACCAGAGACUCUGGAAGUUAUGGUCAACAGCAUCUCCAUCAACUCAGCGUACACCACCAAGAUCCUGCCUCCGGAGAAAGAAGGCGGCCUGCCCCGCCACGUGGGCAACAAGACCGAGUGCGCUCUGCUGGGCCUGGUGCUGGAGCUGAAGAGGGACUACCAGCCAAUCAGAGAGGAGAUCCCUGAAGAGAAACUCUACAAGGUCUACACCUUCAACUCCUCCCGCAAGUCCAUGAGCACGGUGCUGAAGAAUGCUGAUGGAGGUUAUCGCAUGUACAGUAAAGGAGCGUCAGAGAUCGUCCUGAGGAAAUGUUCUCGUAUCUUGGACGCCCAGGGUCAGCCCCGCAUCUUCAAGCCAAAGGACCGUGAUGAGAUGGUGCGUAAGGUGAUUGAGCCGAUGGCGUGCGACGGGCUCAGGACCAUCUGCGUGGCUUUCAGGGACUUCCCCGCUGAAGCUGGAGAGCCGAACUGGGACAACGAGAAUGAAAUCCUGAACGACCUCACCUGCAUCGUCGUGGUCGGCAUCGAGGACCCCGUCAGACCUGAGGUACCUGAGGCUAUUGCUAAGUGCCAGCGUGCAGGCAUCACUGUACGCAUGGUCACCGGAGACAACAUCAACACCGCCCGUGCCAUCGCAACCAAGUGUGGCAUCCUGCUGCCUGGGGAGGACUUCCUGUGUCUGGAGGGCAAAGAGUUCAACCAGCAGAUCAGAAACGACCAGGGAGAGGUGGAACAAGAGCGUCUGGACAAAGUUUGGCCCAAACUGCGCGUUCUGGCCCGUUCCUCGCCAACAGACAAACACACUCUGGUCAAAGGAAUCAUCGACAGCACGGUGGGUGAGACCCGACAGGUGGUGGCAGUGACAGGAGACGGUACCAACGACGGCCCCGCCCUCAAGAAAGCUGAUGUUGGCUUUGCCAUGGGAAUCGCCGGCACAGAUGUGGCAAAGGAGGCUUCUGACAUCAUCCUGACUGACGACAACUUCACCAGCAUCGUCAAGGCCGUCAUGUGGGGAAGAAACGUCUACGACAGCAUCUCGAAGUUCCUGCAGUUCCAGCUGACUGUCAACGUGGUGGCCGUGAUCGUGGCUUUCACCGGCGCCUGCAUCACACAGGACUCCCCUCUGAAGGCCGUGCAGAUGCUCUGGGUCAACCUCAUCAUGGACACUCUGGCUUCUCUCGCUCUGGCCACCGAGCCGCCCACCGAGUCUCUGCUGCUACGUAAACCAUACGGCCGUGACAAGCCUCUCAUCUCCAGGACCAUGAUGAAGAACAUCCUGGGUCAUGCCGUGUACCAGCUCGUCAUCAUCUUCACCCUACUCUUUGCUGGCGAGACGUUUUUUGACAUUGAUAGCGGACGCAACGCCCCCCUGCACUCGCCACCAUCGGAGCACUACACCAUCGUGUUCAACGUGUUUGUCAUGAUGCAGCUUUUCAACGAAAUCAACGCCAGGAAGAUCCACGGAGAGAGGAACGUGUUCGAGGGCGUCUACAGGAACCCCAUCUUCUGCAGUGUCGUACUGGGCACCUUCGCCCUGCAGAUCAUCAUCGUUCAGUUCGGAGGAAAGCCAUUCUCCUGCACGGCUCUGACCAUCGACCAGUGGCUGUGGUGCGUGUUCAUCGGCGUGGGAGAGCUGUUGUGGGGACAGCUGAUCUCGGCCAUCCCUACUCACCACCUGAAGUUCCUGAAGGAGGCCGGUCAUGGCAUCACAAAGGAGGAGAUCCACGAGGAGGAGCUGACGGAGGGCGCUGACGAGAUCGACCACGCCGAGAUGGAGCUGAGGAGAGGCCAGAUCCUCUGGUUCAGAGGUCUGAACCGCAUCCAGACACAGAUUAAGGUGGUGAACGCAUUCCGUAGCUCCCUGUACGCGGGGCUGGAGAGCCCAGAGUCCCGUAGCUCCAUCCACAGCUUCAUGGCCCAUCCUGAGUUCGUCCCCCAGUCCGAGGAGGAGGCUCGUAUCCCCACCAUCGAGGAGAAUGGAGACGAGAUCGACCCCCUUCCCAGCGCCUCCUCUGGGGCGGGGGGAGGAGGAGAGCCACCCAGCACCUUCCCCCAGAGCUGCGAGUCAUCCAUCUGAGCUCCUCCUCCUUCUCCACCUCCUCCUCCUCCUCCCUCCUCUUUAUCAGCAUCAUCUGUCAUCCCACCAACUGAACUGUCGCACUGAGGAGGGAAGUCACUCUGCAUCCCCUCAUCCUGCACACACACAUGCUUCACGUCAUCGUCACCCCCCUCAGUCAUUCCUGCCACGUUGUGUUUUUCAUACUGACUGUGGCGUCGUUCUGCCUGUAAGUUUGUCCCUCCACCACCACCACCACCACACACGUGUAUCAGUAGAGGGUGGAGUCCAGAGUCUCCACUGUGGAAGGCCUGUCUUUGUCCAUUAAUGUAUAUUUUUUACUUGAUGCUCUUUUUUUUUUUUUUUUUUUUUUUUGAAAAGCUUUUAAACUAUGUUGGGUUCAAUCUUUGCGGGACUUGCAGCAGCAUGUCGUGUUCUGUACUUGCUUCAUUCCUGCAUAACGCUCUCUCAAAAACGGCACAGAACUUUUCAAAGAGUGCAGUGAUUCUCAUGUACAUACGCUUCCCGCUCCUCUACACAGCUAACAGCCAGGUUUGGUGAUCAGAAGAUUUUUAGGCAAAUGCAAAAAUGUAACCUUGUAUUUUGUUUGUUUGUUUUUAAAACCUCUAAAGAAUGUUAAUUGAAGGCUGAUUCAAACUCCUGAGAAUGUCUUGUGACUGCAACACGACAGUCGUCAAGGUUCAGCUGUUAAAAAAAUGUUCUUCCCUUUAUCGUGUCUGUAUGCGUUGGUUUUUCUUUAGCAGCUGUGUUGCAUGUGGAAGGACAGAAUGUUUACUCUUCAACAAAUAAUCCAACAUGGCGGCGUCCAGAGAGAGCUCGCUCUCUGCUCAGUGGGGGUCCAACCUCAUCUCAUCCAGUCAGGGUUCUGGUUCUCUCUGCCCCCCUAAAGUACGUCCACAUUGUCGAUAGGAAACAGGAGUGUGGUUCAUGUUUCCCCUCCAGUAGGAUGCAUGUUAUGUUUCAUUCGUGUUGUCGCAUGAUAAUUUAGGAAUGAAUAUUUGAGAUUCUGUUUAGACAACCACAUAUGUGUUAGUCUGCAGCAGCGUCUGUUUACGGUUCCACUAACUUCCUGUCUGUAGGACUGAACUUCCUGUUACCACAACAGACUCAUCAGUAAUCAUGCAAAGGAAACAGCAUCAGUGCAGUUCAGGCCCUGAGAUACCCCUCUGAACUACAGUGGGUGUCUUAAUAAUCUGCGUACAGGCCGUGUGGCCCUAAAUCUUGUUCCUUGUGAAUGUGAUCUACCCGCACACACUCGUGCAGGGUUGCAAAGGGCUGGAACACAUCCCAGCUCACAUUGGGCAAAAGGCGGGUACUCCCCAGUUGGCCAGCGGUGCCUUUCUUGCUGUUUCACAGCAGAGGUAGCGCUGAUAAAAUUAGCCACAGCAUACACCGAAGGGCUUGAUUGCCAACAACAAGAAAGGACACAGCCUUGCCUGAAACCUUGAAUCUUUGUGCUGCCCCUGCACUCGUCCUCUGCAGCGUCACUGACUCACCGUGUGGUCAGAACCAGUCCACUCCGGCUCUCCUUUCAUUUUAACAACACGUGCACAGAGCUCAAUGUUGGUUUCGGCUCAUUUAUGUGAACAAUAAACAGAAACGAGAACACUUCAGAGAUGAUGUUAUCAUUCAUUCCCCAUCAUGCUAUUAAAUGUCAACUUUUCUUGCGUUCUUAUCUCCUUCCUCCCCCUUGAAAGACUCAUGUUAGAUAAGACCCGCCCUCUUGAUGUAUUGCAACCAAUCAGAAAUGACAGCCUGUGACCAUGACACUGUGAGGAGACCCCCGCUAGACACUGCCCCACUGUGCCGUCCUCGCAGAUGACCAAAUGUAUGUCAGGUGGACUGUCGACAGCCAACCUGAAAGUGUAAAUUGGAUUGGGAAUGACCAAACAUUAAGUUCACAUCUUUCAGGUUUGGACUUUCCAAACUGGACACAACUGCCACAGGAUGACAAGUAUUCAUGUCUAUGUCCAUUUUUUUAAAUUUAGAUCUGGGUUGCAGUGGCACCAGACUAAAGUUACAAUGCCUGUUCAAGGCAGGAAUUUCAUGCCAUUUUUCGUCUCCCUGAUCUGCAUGAUACGCACAACAGCAGAAUGGGGUGGCAGCAGAGGUUGUAACAGCGUAGAAUCUACAUCUGUGGAAAAGGGAGAGCCAGCAGGGCGGGACAGGUGUGACAUUUUGCCAACAUGUUAUGUGUGCAACCCACUGCCGGGAGAUUAAAGCAGCUUGCAGCAGUUAGCAGCUAACUCAAAGAAGAAGAAUAGCGACCAAAAAUGUCCACAAACAGGGCAGACAAUGAGGUCAAGGAGCUCCUUAUCUUCAAGAGGAUGAGAUCAGCAAAUGAGCGGCAAAUGAUUAUUAAUUCCUAUGUUAUUGUUUAUUGAGUGCUGCCCUGUGUUACAUGUCAUGCCCAUCACGUCUCUUUUGCUUCUGGAACACCAACAUACUAUCUCAAAUCACACACUGGGAUGGCAUUAUACCUGCCUCAUUUUGUUCUGAUAAAAAAAUUCAAACUGUUGUAAUGGGGGGUCUUUGUUGCGGUCGUACCGCCGAAUCUCUGUGGAAAAAGGGCUUAAGAAAGGUCGCCCCAGCUUAUCUCGUCUUCUCCCCAGACACAUCCUCAAGCUCUUCCUGGUGGCGGCCCAGGUGUUCCCAGGGCCGAUCCGAUGUAUAAUCCCUGCAGUGUGUUCUGGGUCUGUCAGUAGGCAUUCUGAUAGGAUGGUAAACCAUUUCAGCCGAUGUCUUUUAAGCCAGAGCUCAUGACCACAGACGAGGGUUUGAACGCCGAUUGAAAGCCUUUUUCUCUCGGUUCGCAGAACGACUCUAGUAUCAAUGAGUCUGCUUUGGAUUACAGUACAGGAAGUUCAGUUCCAGCAGACAGGAAGUUGAUGGAUCUCUGAACAGGGUCUGGACCGUCUGUCUGUGUUUAAGACAAAUCUUAGUACCACUUCUGAUGUUUUCAUUCCCUCGUUUGAAACUAAAUCAGCCGUCAGUGACAUCACACGACCGGCAGCAGAGGAGGUGUUUGAUUUUCAUCACCUCUCUCCGUUCUGCUGUGUUUCGAUUGACAGGCGUCAGUGUGGCGGCCAUGCUGAGGUUCACAGGAGACUAAUGAUGUCACCAGUCAACCUGUAGACUUAAAUCCUCUGUGUGUCCCCGCUGCCGCUCAGUACUUCCUGCCCACCGCUGUCCGCAGAUUACUGUCUUAAAAGAAGAAGGAAUCAUCUUCCAAUCAGAAGCAGCGAUGCGUGUAAUCCCCUCUUAGUCUGACUAGCAGCCAUCAACCUAUCUAUGAACUAGGACACGUUAUUGAAGUAAUGUGCUACUACUGCCAUAUUUCCAACUUUUUGUCAUGACUAGGUUCUUCCUCUCCCCACUGAUGAGCUUUUUCUAUGUAACUCAGAGCCAUAUUUUAUAGGUUGUCUGUAUUGUUUUUUAUCUCAUUGUUAUCGAGGUUUCCUUUGGACUUUCUCACCCCUUGACCCCACCCCCAACCUCGACCCCGACCCCCAUCCUCCCCCUUACUCCCCUGGCCCUUUACUCCAAACACGACCAAAAAGCAAGGAGAAAAUCUUCAGUCGUCACUGCCUAACCAAGUUUAAAGGACCUCUACAAUGUUUACAUGAAAAGCAAGUGGGUGGCAGUUCGCCUGCGCUUCUCUCAUCCGACCACUUCCCUUUCAUUCCCUUGCUUUCCUGAAUCUUAGAGUUACUAUUUAACUAAAUGGGGAAUCUUUCUUGCAUGGUUUUCAUAUAAAAUUCAAUGUUUUGCUCAUUUUUUACAAUUCUUCUGUAUUUUUAUAUUAAGUACUUUUUAAUAUUUUGGAGAUAUAUGAAUAUAUAUGUAUAGGCUGAAGAGUUUGGUGACAGUACAGUACAUGAAUGAGAUGAAUCUAACGUGGACUCUGUCUUUUUACAGCUCUCUAAAUAUUUAUGCCACGUGUGUCGUCUUGGUCACCUGAUGUUAGGGCUCAGAAACCUGCAGUGACUUGUUUACUUCCUGUCGGCCGUUCAAUUGGAAUCUCAACAGUCGAGUCUCAUCAGCCCCCCUUUUACAUGAGUAUAUUCACUUUAUCUAAGAUGUUGUGACACACUACACGCUAUGUGAUUUCGCAGUUAUCCAACUCCAUUAGAGUUCAGCCAAUGCAACGUGAAUACAGCUAACUGUAUCAAACAUUAAAUGGGAGUGUAUAAUUAUUUAUCCAACCUCUGGGUUUCUUUGUUUCUGUACUUUGAAGCUACUAUGACUGAUUUCUUUGAAUGAGUGGACUGAUGCUGUUUUCCAACUGACUGGUGUCGGAGCUGACGACUUUAAAGAGGAUCACAGCUGUGUCCCGCUUCAGGUUUUGCCUCCUUUGAAGGGGGCGUGGCCUAUGACAGCGUGUCUCAUCCAAAACUAGCUGCAACCCCCUAAUACGGACCAAAACUUGAGAACGUAUCCUAAGGACCAAAGCAGAGCCGGCCCGAAUCAUAGAACAAACCAAUGAGUCGCUUUGAGCCCCCGUGCCCCGAGGUCUUUGAAGUGGACCCAUGGGGAAAAAAACUAUCUAAACCCAACAUGCAUCUUUUUUUCUUUUAUUUUUUUACUUAAAAUAUCUUAGUCCCAUAGGAAGUCUAUGGCCUCUGAUCCAAAAGGGGACUCAAGGUCAGUUAGACCGCCCAAAGAUGAAUUGACCCGCUCCAAAUCGUGAUCUGAGACCUGGAUAAUACACUAAGACCCUACACGACCCAGUUAGACUAAAUAUGAUUUGAACCAGCUUGACAUUGUGUCAGGUCCCAGUUGCCAGAAACCGAUUGGACCCAUUAAAACCAAAGGUUCCCAAACAAAUCUGUCUUUGAGUCUCUCUGUUAAUGUCAUUUCAGUAUUGAAGGAUAUGUCCAUCCAUUGUUACCAGUCAUUUAGAGCAAUGGUUGUCAAACUAACUUCUUUUAAGUUUCGGGUUUCCAUGACAAAAUCAUGGAGUGUUUUCAAAUUUGAUAUUUGCACGUACCACAAAGACUUUUCGAACACUUUUUGUACUUUUUAAAUUUUUCUUUCAUAAAUUGUAGUUGCUGUACAUGUUUGCGUACUGGGGGGUGAGGGGACCGUUUAAUAACGACUAAGGCCCCAAAAAGGCUCGGGCCGGCCCUGGACCACAUGUGUCGUCUAAAUUCAGGCCAAAGAAGGAGAGGACGCCGCAUUUUUUUUAUUUGGUUGUGAAAUUCACACAUUUAAGGAGGCAUAGCCUGUGACGGGACACAGCUGCACCUGUAGAUUUCAUCUCCAUUUUAUACAACUAACAAACUUCAGAAACAUUUCCCAGGAAGAGAGCAGGACUGUUAAAGCGCUCGUGACAUCACUUCCUCUUCCUGCCGUGCGUCCGUUGGCUAUGAACGAGACGCACCUUUCCAAACGAUGACGUGUUUUCCUCUUUGUUUUUGUUCAACUGCUGAAUCUGACAGAACACCUGUACAAUGUAAAUAUUGUCAUAUAAGUGAAUGAAGCAUACCUGCUGUCUGUGUCGGUGACAGGAAAUGGGAGAGGGGGCAAUCAGCCAAUCAUCACCCAGCAAAGCUUUAAGGAUGCUCUGCCAAAGUCGUUUUCUCUGUUUCUUUUCGUCUUCUGCACAAGUUUGUUUUUAGAAAGUUUGCAGUCACAUGACCCCUCCCUCCCUCCUCCCACCCCCGUCCCUCCCUGCUGCCUGGAUAAGAUUGUCCCUCUGCUUUUGCCACGGCCUCUCUGUGGCUGUGGCGGUCGUCUGUUGGACUGGUUGGACUGGUUGCCCUCACAUCUCAUGCCAGGUGCACCGUGCAGCCCCGCCAUCAGAGACGCUCCAGACCUGUUUGUGCUUCUGGUUUUUCCGAGACUCAGCAGCAGACUGAAAAUAUUCACCUGAUUUUAGUUCUCUGAAGGUUCUUUUUUUUUUUUGUUUUCGGAGUUCAGAAGAUCUCAGUUUUCCAAUAGGACUUCUGUAUGGAAAAGGAACUCGCUUCUUAAUCCAGUCAUUGUUCAUUUUGACUGCUUCCUCUUCAGAGCACUGCCUUUUCUCAGAACAGCUUCCUGUUGUCGGAUCUUAAGGAAUUCUUUGGAGAACCUUCACGUCCACUUCAGCAUUCACAAACAAAAAAAUGGUUCAAACGAACUGGAAUAUCACAGUUGGAAAAGUCAUAACCACUCAACAUAUAUACCUGUAUAUUUAUAUAUUAUCUCUAUAUAUUUAUAUCUAGUACAUAUAUGUGUGUGUAUAUAUAUAUAUAUAUAUUAGAUAUAAGUACGUAGAAAUAUAUAUAUGUAUAUGGUUUCUCAGUUGAACUUUAUUGCAAAAAAGACUGAAAAAGAUUUGUUUUCUGUAAUUACUAUGAUACACAGUAAUAGGCGUUGGUGUUAUUUUUGUAUAAACAUAAUAUCAUCUAUGUGGCAUGCAUGACAUAUAUACAAAAUUUGGUGGUUUAAAGCAAUAUGUCCAACCUGGUGCGAUUGGUUCUGUCGUGUUCUGUGUAGCCUAAAGCCACUCCGUGCGAAAAGAGAUAAAAAAAAAAAAAUCAACAAAAAAAACAAAAAGAGAAACUGCAUUUGGAUAAAAGUAACUGUUCAGUAUAUGUGUUCAAUGUUCUGUGUUCUGCAUGUUUUAGUAUGGAAUGAAACAUCCCAAAAUGUUGACUUGUUUUUACCAAAUGAAUCUCGAAUACACGCCCCAAACACAUGCAGCAUUACACAGAGACAAACACACACACACACUCAUGUAUUUGCACUGUGAGGUGAAACACACUGAGGAAAUUAAAACUGUGUGACUUCUGAUGGAUGGAUUGAUGAAAGAUUAAGAUUCUUCUUUUCUUUUUCUUUUUUUGUUCCCAUCGUCUCAUUUUUAUCCAGAAACAAAAUAACUUAGCAGAUCUGUCCGACCGCCCACCUCUCACCUGUUUCAUCCUCCCGUCCCAACACACGCAUACACAUGCACACACACAUAUACACUCACUGAGACUCACAGAUUCUCCUGAACUCAUCACCCACUCAUCUGUGCAGUGAGAGGAGGAGGGAGACGGUGAUAGUUAACAGGCCUGAAACUUUCAGGUAGGCUUCUGCUCUGCAGGCGUCAUCAUCUCACCAAUCACAUCCAUUGAUCUCUGUGAUCCAUUAUCCUCCUGCUUCUCUCCGCUGCUUCACGCUGGAGAGAAAAAAGUGAGGAUAAUGGAGUUUGUUGCUCACCUGUAAAAAUGUCUGUGUUCAUGUUAGAGUCCGACCGAUAGAGCAGCUGAUUUUAUUCACCAGGGCAGAAGUGAUUAUUUAGAAAUGUAUCCACUGGAGCAUACUAACGAUUUUAUGUACGGCUGCAUCUGAGGAUGAGUUUUAUUAUCAAUCAGCUGUUUUUUAUUUGUUUCUAAUUGAUCAGUAAUGUCAGAAAAUAGUGGAAACUUCCGUCACGUGUCCCAAACCUGAACCCAUUCAGUUCACCUUCAUAUGUGGCGAAGAAAAGCAGCAAAUCAUCACAUCUGAGAAGCUGAAAUCUGAGAAUGAUUGACGUUAAUUGAUUAUCAAAAUAUUAAUUGAUUGACAGAAAAUGCUUUUUUGUUGGCUAAUUAUUUUAGCUCUAGUAAAAUGUCUCACUCGUCACAAUUUAAUCAUCAAAUGUAAUGGAUCUUUAUUAAAAUGUUUCAUCAGUAUCGAUCGGAAUCUAACUCCCUGAUCACUGACAGUCUGGUGGUUGUGAUGUGAUGACAGAUUUGUAGUUUUAAAAAAAGAUCCUUCACUGAUAGUUACUUGGAUUUGCAUUUUAAUCUGCCAUAAAAAAAGAUAUAUUUUA